AAGCGCCGGCGCGGGAGAGUGGACCCGUGGACCGUGGGUUGAAAUUCGCAAGUUUUUAAUGUUAAUUUAAAAUAUUAGUAAAUUUCAAAUAACAAUUCAACGCUUUGCACAUUGUGCGAUUCUGGAUGUUCGUAUAGUGAGCCUGAGUUUGACCGUUGAAGCGAAGAAAUUACGUAAAAAACGGACGAAGAUGCCAAUUAAAAUUUGAAUUGCCAUGAUCAUCGCCCGGUUCCGCACUUCAGCUUGAUAUUUCCACUACCAGAGGUGAAGCUCGCUCGGCACCAUGCGGGUGGUCGGGCUGCUCGUGCUGCUGCCGCUGUUGGCGCUCCUACCGGCCCCGGCAGAGGCUAUCUCACCGGCCGCCAUCGCCGCCGAGCUGACCCGAAUGAGGUCACGACCCCGGCCGCGCGUGCGCAGAUCCGUGGUGGAGACAAACACGCAUGGAGAGGCCGACCGGACGACGACCAUAAGUCAUGGCGGUGAGCACGCGGUGGUGCACGGUGAGCACAGUGAGCACGGCGCCGGCUCAGCUCACUCGGGCUCUCACGGAGACGUGGUCACCAUGUCCUAUUGUGUCGAGUCCGAGGAGGUCCACGAGAGUCACGGUAUCCACGUGGCCUCGUGGCGAUGGACCGAGGUGCAGACCUACUAUGCCAUCACCCUCUUCAUCGUUAUUGCGGGCCUGGCCAAACUCGCGUUCCACCACGCCCACUUCCUGUCGUCAAAACUGCCAGAGUCCUGUCUGCUGAUCAUUCUCGGCAUCUUUAUGGGUAUCAUCACAUAUCACAUCCGACACAGGGUGUUCUGGUUCCUGCCCGGUUACCGCUCCGGCGCCGGGGGUGCUCCGAACGAUGGCAAUGAGGACGGGCCCAACAUCCGGUUUGAAAACGGCACCGUGGUGCCUCCCUGUGAGGACGAGUUCGCUGGAUUCUUCCCGAAGUUUGACGCAGAGUUGUUCUUCCUGGUAUUGCUGCCGCCGAUCGUACUGGAGGCCUCCUACUCCCUCCACGAUCGGGCGUUCAUGGAUAACCUGGGAUCGGUGCUCAUCUUUGCCGUCGUCGGCACGCUGUUCAACAUGUUCAUUAUCAGCCCUGCGCUGUGGGGCCUGGCCAAGGCGGGCGCCAUGGGCUCCAGCAUGAUCCCGGCCGACCACUACGACGUCUCCCAGAUCAGCCUGGUGCAGAUGCUGACGUUCGGCUCGCUGAUCGUGGCCGUGGACCCGGUGGCCGUGCUGGCCAUCUUCCAGGAGGUCGGCGUCAACAAGGACCUCUACUUCCUCGUCUUCGGAGAGAGUCUCCUCAACGACGCCGUCACUGUGGUGCUCUAUAAUGCCAUGGUGGUGUUUGCGAACUCUGAGGACGUACCAGUGACCUACGACCAGGUACUGCUGGCCAUAGCCGCCUUCUUCUGUGUGUCGCUGGGCGGCCUGGCCAUCGGGAUUGUGUUCGGCGUGCUGACAGCUAUCAUCACCAAGUACACGCCCGACGUCAGGGUCGUGGAGCCGCUCUCCCUACUCGCGAUGGCCUACCUGGCCUACCUCUCUGCCGAGCUGGUCCACUUUUCCGGCAUCAUCGCCUGCGUCGGCUGCGGCGUCGUACAGGCCCACUACGCCAUGAAGAAUAUCUCAAAGAACUCGUACAUUACCAUCAAGUACUUCAUCACCAUGGCCAGCUCCACCAGCGACACCAUCAUCUUCAUGUUUCUGGGAAUGGUGCUGGUCAGUGACGAUCAUAAGUGGCACACGGGCUUCGCGCUCUGGACGCUGGUGCUCUGUCUUGUGGUGCGCUUUGUCGGCGUAUACCUGCUGUGUUGGAUGGCCAAUUUCCGUCGUCUGCGCCGUAUCGGUAAGAAGGAGCAGUUCAUUAUGGCGUACGGCGGCCUGCGCGGCGCGGUGGGCUUCUCGCUGGUGGUCAUGCUGCGGGACUCACAGAUCGACCCGAUGACGGUGCGCAUCUUCGUCACCACCACCCUCUUCAUCAUCCUGUUCACCGUGUUCAUUCAGGGUUCUACGAUCAAGCUGCUGGUGAGCCUGUUCAACAUCAAGCUGGAGGAGACGGAGGACCCCACGCUGGCCGAGGAGAUAGCCGCCACUACCGUGGACCACAUCACGGCAGGGGUGGAGGAGAUCAUAGGGUACCGCGGCACUAACUUCUUCAAGGAGCGGCUGGAGCACUUUGACGAAAAGUACCUGAAGCCGCUGCUGAUCAGUGACAGCCUCGACUCGAGUCUGGCGCGGCUGUACGACAAACUGGUGUUGGACGAGCACUACGCCAAUCUGUACGGACCGGCGGCCGCCGCCGAGACCAAGAAGGUUGACAUCGUCGGCUCUGGAGAGGGCGACUUCUUCCUGCCGGAGGAGGAGAUGGUGCACCUGCGCCGGCGUCAGGAGGCACUGCGUCGCCAACUGUCCCAGCAGAGUUCAAUUGGGGCCCGCCCGCUCAGCCGGCUGGGCACACUCCGGGAGCGGCUGUCCAGGAGGCUCUCCACCACCUCAGCGUCGCCGGCUCAGGCGCAGUCAGUGGACGUGGAGCAUGGCUCAGGCACGGCGCCGGGCACGCCGCUCAGUGGCCGAUUCAACCCGGACGACAACUACAAGACGUUCCCGGCCGACGGACACCUGCUGAGGAAGGCCUUCAGGAGCAACCCCUACAACAAGCUGCACCUGCGCUACAACCCCAACCUGAUCGACGAGGAAGACCAGGAGAUCGACACUCACCUACGGCGGCGGCGCAUGAACGCGCAGCGCUUCAGCCAGAUCGCCCAGCUGGCGCUACAGCAGGAGCGAGCCGAGGAGGACGCGGCCGGACCGCUGCGGCGCACCGCCUCAGGCGAGAUGGACUCGUCGUCCGAGUCGCUCCCACGCGCCGCAUCCACCAACGCCGCCGGACCGCGCGUGGGCAGUCUGCGCGUGGCCGGCGUCAAGGACAUGGUGAUGGACCAGCAGCGGCGCGCCGCCGAGCGCCAGCGCACCCGCUACAAGUCGGCGCCCUCGUACGCCACGCCCGGCUCUGGCUCCACGCUGGACAGCGAGCCCACCACGCCGGUGCUGGGGCCCAUCACCGAGGAGUCGGGCCGGCCGGAGGACCGCGAGCUGCUGCCGCGCGCGCCGCCCGCGCCCGGCGACAGCCGACACCCGCUGCAGGCCGAGAUGGACCGGCCCAGGCCCCCGCCGCUGCAGCGGGCAGACGCGGCCGACGCCGGCACCGCCACACCGGCGCGCAGCGUCUCAGAGUCAGAGGUGCCCGAACGGGGGCCGCGGGGGCCGGGCGCCGGACAGGGCAGCGGGUAUCAGGAGAGCGGUCCGCUGUAGGAACACCGCGUCCUCGGCCGGGGAGGGAGGGUAGAGCUGUAAAGGACGGGGAAUCGGGCAUCGGUGGGAGGAUGGCUGGACGGGAGAUCAGCGGUUCUGAGGAGGCUCAGCUCGCCGAACUGCGCUGGAACGUCGCCAAAGUGCGCUGCCUGGCGCUGUCUUGGUGCUGUCUGGCGCUGUGUAGCGCUGCCUGGCGCUGUCUAGUCGCUGAAAUGCGCUGUCCGGUCGCUAUCUGGACUCGGUGAAGUCGCUAGCUAGCUGUUUCAGCUGUUUCUGUUGAGUCCAGAGUCUGAUAGAUUUGGACGCUAAGAAUCGACAGAAGAUAAGAGUCCGGGGCUCAACUCAACUCACCAGUUCAACUCAAGCGCAGGCCAUGUUCGGCUGUGGAGAUUUGGAAGUACAGGAUUGAAGAAUGUUUGCGGUAUGGCCUACUCCCUUAUUUUCUACGCAGCUGCCUGCUGACAUAAUAAUUCUGUUUAAGUCGCUGAGUGUUCCCGUCUCAUCACAUCGGAACUUGGAGUCGAAAUGGUGCUUCCACUACGUCAUACAUGCUUAGUGAUUGUUUCCAGCUUCCACGAGUUGUCCAGAGAAAGUUGAGCUGCGUCAAGACCGUCCGACCCUAGGUGAUCAAGAUAUUGUCCGGCUAUUGUCUGAGCAGCGAGAGAAGUUGGCCAUGCGAGCCUUUCUAUAAAGUCACGGCAGGCAUCACUGAGUGAGGUCGUCAAGAACCACGGGUGGGCCCCGAGCACAGGUCAACUGUUGGAAUUGAGAUCUCCAGCUUACAGAGACGGUGCCUGUCAAAGGUUUCCAAAUGGUGCCCAAAGCGGCGUUCUGGUUGUGAGCCUUCGUUGACCUGUGUGCGCCAGGUCAGGUUAUUCAUGACGGGUUGCCAAAGCAUGUUCCGUGAGAUGACGCCACCGGAGUAGUUUGCCGUGCGCAUGUGUGUUUAUUUCUGUUAGCGCUGCCUUUUGCUGAAGCUGCCCGCGUCUGUCUGUAGUGGCUGGCUGUUUCUGUGUCCGAAUGGCAGUAUUAGUUUCAAGGUUGUGUUCUGACGUCGCAGACUCAGCGGUCGCUCGUUUUCAGCGGUCGGUGUCCCCAUGUCGUCUUGUGUACUUAAUCUCCUGAUUGAUCACCAGAUUUGCUUGAAUCACCCCUGUCUAGCAGCGUGAUCCUUGCAUCUAUACAGUGGAUUCAUUGCGCAGAACGCUACGGGCGGCGAUAGUAUCAAUUAUUUAUCACCAAGCAUUUUGUGCUGUAAUUUACCAUAUUUUUACUUUGAAUUAGCAUUUAUCAUGAGCUAGAUGAAGCGCCACACAGGGCAAUAAUUGGUCUGUUGACUCGCUCUUUCACAUUGGCGUCACAUGCUGUAUGGCUGGUUGGAUGAUGUGUAUUGUGUAAGUCGUUGCAUGGUCGGUAGGACGUGGUCGGUUCCUUAGGUCGGUUCGGGACCGUGUGGAUUACUGCCGUUCAGUCGUCCCCGCCGGCCCCGCUAACUGUGUGUGGUACUAAUAUGUCCCGCCAGAGUGAAGAGUGCAUGUGUGCUGAGUUUAGGAGCGUCUCCAUAACUUCAGACUCCAGAGUUAUAUAUGUGGGUUUGGGUGGAAGGGCGGGGUGCUGAACCGUGCGAUCGUGUAACAACUCGGUACAGUCGUCAUCUGUGUAGGCUGCCGAAUGCCGAAGUCCGAGGAUGUGGGGGAACCGGGGGGGGGGGGGGGGGGGGGCGAUGCAGUCAUAGGGACAAACCUGGGGAGGUAGGGCGAAAGUCGCUCCUUAACGCGACUACGACACGAUUGCAGUAUGCUUGGGGAUGGCUCAUGGCCUCUGAAGGCGCCUUUUUGUACCCACUCGGGCGAUGGCUGAUUGCUGUGUUGAGAUGAAAGCGUGUGGGGUCGUACGAGAUGCCUGAAGGAACAAAUGUGCGUAUUCGCUCUGUUUCACCAUCGCGCGCUGUAAGAAGGAGAGUGAUGAUUUUUUGUUAUGUGGUGCAACUUAUCGGGAACAGACCAAUAAGUUGCGAUAAAAUACACGAUUUAUGAUUCGUAAA